GUCAAUAGCGUCAGGCCAAGAUAGAAAGCGCGCACGCGGUUCCACGUGACCCGUGAAUGGUUCGGGUCGAGCACGGCCCCGGUCGCGACUUCCAAAGAAAUUCCGUGACAUCUCUCUCACUUGCUGUCCCGCAAACACGGUUGCGACAACCGCAAUCCAAUCCACCACUUCCGUCAUCGUCACAGCUUCCGCCGACUUACUCACGGUCUCUACCUUUAUUUAUUUUUGACCAAAUGGAAUACCUUCACCCGCAAUAGCUCGACCUCGGAAUUCAUCCGCUGUAGCCUACUCUAACCUGGAGAGCUCAUACACACGACCUCAUCAUGGCCACCGACCCGAAGGCAGCACCGCUCGCCAACGACUUGAAAGAACUCGCUUUCUCUCUAUCUACGAGCGUCUUCCCCAAGGCGUUCUUCUGCGCUUUGUGCAGCGAGCUUGCUAUCGACUCAUACAAGCUGCUAUGCUGUAAUAAAGCUAUCUGUACGACAUGUCAGGCAAAGCUUUCAUUCCCUACCACUUGCCCAUCAUGCGACCACUCGCCGCUCGAGACCGACUCGUGCACACCGAACAAGUCUCUGCGUAACACCAUGCGCAUCUGGCUACAAAAGCAAAAGAAGAAAGAGGAAGCUAAGGCGGCCGCGCAAGCCGCUACGCCCGUCCCAGAGACUACACCUGCCGCAACAGAAGCGCCAUCUGAGGUGGAGGGUGCAGACAAACCGAUCGACAGCGUCGAGGAGGCACCAGCAACAGAUGAUGCACCCGCCGAGGGCACUGCGACAGCAACAACUACUGGUGACGGAGAGCUGCGUACAUUUUCGGCUUCUGCACAGCCAAUCGAGGGUUCUACCGCACCUGAUAACGAUGAUCCGGAACGACGUGGCAGCUUGGUAUCGCAGACUGCGACACAGAGUGUAGAGCCAUCUGGCGCAAAUGCGUCUUCUGAUGAACCAAACAACACCACCGGAGCAGCAAGCAUAAUGGGUAACAAUCCUAUGAUGAACGGCAUGCAGAGUCAGAUGGGGUUUGGUUUCCAAAGCCAAGGCAGCUUCGGCGGCGUGGGCUUCAACGGCAUGUCCAACAUGAUGGGCAACGCCAAUUGGAACAACAUGAAUCCAAUGGAUUACAACUUGAACAACAUGAACGGCAUGUACAGCAACUUCGGUGGAAACAUGGGCAUGGGGAUGAACGACAUGUCCACCAUGAACAUGAUGAACUACGGUGGCGGCUACGGCAACGGGUGGAAUGGCAUGGGCAGUGGCUAUGGAAACUUCAACGGGUUCAACCAGAUGGGUGGAUAUAAUCAAUCUGGAGCAUAUCCCGAGAUGAUGAACCAAUUCCCCAAGAACAAUUUCCAAAACCAGAAUCGUUUCCCUGCCAAUCAAGGAGGGGCUCUUCCUCAGCGAAACAAUAGGACUGGCAGUCAGGGAGGCUCCGUUUCUGGGCCUGGGGGCCCGCAGAACACCAACAGUCGUCCUGGAAGCCGCAGUGGUCCUGCGCAAAACGUACGUCGAUCUCAUAACACUCCGCCAAGACAAACCUCUUCGGCAUUGCAAUAUUCGAAGCGAGCAACUGACGACAUUGGUGUACAACAGCGUGACGGCGAGUCGCCUGAUGCAUCCGCCAAUGCAGUUACCGCACCGAAGCCAGAGGGCGAGCAAGACACCGCUGUCAAGUCCACUGAAGAAGGUAAUGAUAACGAUGAUAGCACGCAAGACCCUACAGCAGCCGCCAGUGCCGCCGGCCCGGUUGGCACUGGCGUUGAGGAUGCCAGCGAUUCAGCUGCAACAGGAGAGCAGAUGAACGAAUCCGCACAGUCCAACGGCCUGAACCAUAUACAGACCGUCGAUACUGAAGAUGGAAGCAUGCAAGGUUACGAUCAGUCGAUGAUGGGCAACGGCAUGCAGUCCAAUUUGGGGUUUGCCAAUGGCACGAUGAAUCAAUUUCCUAACCCGAUGCAAAUGAAUGCGCCUUUCGAUCCUAGCAUGAACAUGGGAUUUCACCAGAACAACAAUUUUGGUCCUCGCGGCAGCUUCAACGCAGCGUACGGCGCUGCCACGGUCUUGACAGGCGAGCCGCAGGGUCGUGGUGUGGAAGGUGCACCCACAGGCCCGCGAGCGAUGCGCGAAGGCAGACCAAACACUGGCUUCUCGAGCCGAAUGAACAACGUGCGCCACCAGCCUCCACCAAAGAGCGUAACACCUGCGCAAAGUACUGGCGGCCGCAGUCCACAGCGUAGAGUUCGAUCUCGCUCGCCUUUACGAGACGAGAGUCUUCGCACCAAAGACAAGUCUGUGUCACGUUCUCGGUCAAGGUCACGAGCGAGAGAUGAAGAGACCGAUGACCGCCGAGAGCGAUCACGCUCAGCAGACCGCGAGUCAAGACGGGAGGGCAGAGGGCGCUCGGCAACACCGCAGGGUGACGAUGACUACGAACGCCGCAAGAACCGCCGACACCACCGCUCAUCGCGAUACGAUGACCGCGAAGAAGAUCACGACGAUCGGCACCGUGAUGAUAGAGGAAGUCGAGCCGACAGGACACGUAGUGGCUCAGCAGACUCCAAAUACCGCAGUAGUCGCCGUGACAAAGACAGGCACCGCUCUUCACGCUCACAUCGGGAUCGCAGCAAGGAAUAUCGCCGUCGUCACCGCUCACGAUCUCCCGCCGAAGAGAGCAAGUAUGAGGAUGAUGCAUAUGCCAACGGUGAUCGCGAGUCCGAGUCGGGAUCGCGGCGAAAGCACAGGGGUGACAAAGAGAAGCACCGUGAUAGGUCACGGGACAAGGAUCGCGAGCGAGACAGACGAGACCGCAAGGAUCGAGAUAAAGACUACGACUACGAGCGCGAGAAGGAUCGGUCGAGAGAUAAAGAUAAGGAGCGCAGGCGUCGCCGUGACCGUGAGGCUGAGGAAGAAGAGCGCGACCACGAUGACGACAAGCACCGCUCUUCUCGACGGAGCCGCAAGGACCGGGACCGAGAAGACCGCAGCCGGGAUGACCGUAGCCAGAAUGACCGCGACACGAAGGUCAAGCGUCCUGCAGAGGACGAUGUGGUUGGCAAGAUGAUGCAGAAGCGCGCUGUCUCUCCGCCACUGAACGCACCCACCGGCCCCUCAGCGAACACCUUCUCGAUCAAGGGCGCAGGUCGGUCAAAGUCCAACGUCAUGCCACCACCGCAACCUCCCACUGGACCACGUGGCUUCCAGCCACCCAAGGGUCCUGCAGCGGAUCGCGACAAAGACAAGCACCGCAGGAAGAGCAGCGUCUCUUCCCUACCUUCCACACCAGCCACACCCGCUGAACCCACCUCACAGGACCACUACGCUGCCGAACGCGAGAAGAAUGCCCGCGAGCGGAACAGCCGCGACCGCGCAGACCGCGACCAGCGGGACACCCUUACGAAGUCUCUGCACUCGCGCAUCCACUCCUCCUCUCGCCCCUCCCUGUCCUCCAAACGCUCGCGCGAUGACGAUCAAGAAGUCGACGACGCACCGCGCGGCCCCAGCAAGAGCGAAGUCCAAGCGCCCACAGGCCCAGCCUCGCACCGCGACAAGCGCAGAAAGUCCGGCGCAGGAGGCGACAAUAGCAUUGCCAACCUUUUCACUGCCGGGCUAAGGAAGAACGCCGGUAAGACGAGGAGAGGUGGUGUCAGGACUGAGGGCGACGUGGAGAGGGAGAUGGAGAGGGUUGAGCGCGAGAGAGAUAGGCGGUAGGAUGUCUCUGGCUCUAGUAUAAAGAAGAAGGGGGGAGGCGUCUGGGAUAAUAAAUAGUGUAAUUGAUGAGUCUCAGAGAUGCCGUUUUGUACAUGUGCAUAAAACGAGAGUUCGGAAGGGUUUGGGAGGAGGGGAGGAUGGGUGGACAUUUCUCAACUUCUUGUAUUAUACCCCGAAAACCAUACUAGCUGGGUAGCUGGUAGGCAAUGAAAAUGAUGCUCUG